UGCCUACUCUGCCUCUGACACUCCGCCUCCUUUGGGUGACUCAACAUAACAGGAAGCAGGAAGUGCUCGCAUCUAAGUACGUUCAUCUGUUACAGGACUCUGGUUGUCAGAGGAAAACAGUGCUGGUGUCAAAAUGGCGGGCAGGCUCUCACUCCAAGAGGUGGACCUCUCCUGUCCCAUAUGCUGCGAAAUCUUCAGAGACCCGGUGGUCCUUAAGUGCAGUCACAGCUUCUGUGCACCCUGUCUGCAGCAGUACUGGACUAGUGGACGGAGCCGCGACUGCCCUCUGUGCAGAGCCCAGUCUCUGGAUGACCCUGUACCCAGCCUCACCCUGAAGAACCUGUGUGAAUCUUACAUCGAGGAGAGUGAGGGGCCGAAGGAAACCGCGGGAGAGCUAUACUGUGAUCCAGGGGAGAUGUGUCCUCUUCAUGGGGAGAAGCUCAAACUUUUUUGCCUGUUGGACAAAGAGCCCAUCUGUGUGGUUUGCCACACCUCAAGGAAGCACAAACAGCAUGAUUGCUGCCCUGUCAGCGAAGCUGUUGUAGAUGUGAAGGAGAAAAUGAAGACAGCCCUCACCUCUUUGCAAGAAAAGAGGGAUGCUUUUGACAAAAUGAAGAAAAGCUAUGAGGACACUGUGGCAUAUAUUCAGGUCCAGGCUCGAUUUGUGGAGAGGCGGACCCGUGAGGAGUUUGAAAAGCUUCACACUUUCCUACAAGCAGAGGAGGAAGCCAGGAUGGAGGCGCUGAAGGAGGAGGAAGAGCAAAAGAGUCGAGCAAUGAGGCAGAAGAUUGAAGAAAUAACCAACGAUAUAAUGUCUGUGUCUGAAUCCAUCCGAGUUUUAGAGGAGGAGCUAGCUUUGGAGGGUAUCCCGGUCCUUCAUAAAUGCAAGAGGACAUUGGCAAGAGCUAACUGCCCAAUCGAAGAUCCAGUUAUGGCUACCGGAGAACUCCUAGAUGUGGCCAAAUACGUGGGAUCUCUGGGGUUCCACGUAUGGGAGAAGAUGCAUAAAAUCGUCAAAUACACCCCAGUGACUCUGAACCCCAACACUGCUGCCCCGUGGCUCGUUCUGUCAGACGACCUCACCAGCGUCUGUGACAGUGAUGAGAAGCAGAAGCUGCCCGACAACCCGGAAAGGUAUGACCCCGACACCGGUGUACUGGGCCACGAGGGCUUCACCUCAGGCAAGCAUGCCUGGGACGUCACUGUGGGAGAAAACACAGCGUGGGUUGUUGGCGUGGCAAAAGAAUCUGUCCAGAAGAAAGAGAAAGUGUCUUCAGUGCUGAAGAACGGCUAUUUGUGCGUGUACUUCUACCACAAAAUGUACUUUGCAGGUACCUCUCCUUUAACAAGGCUUAACUUGAAGAGGAACCCGCAAAAGAUCAGAGUGCAGCUGGACUGUGACAAGGGCAGGGUGUCUUUCUACGACCCACAUGACAACACCAACAUCUACACCUUCAAGCACUCCAUCACUGAAAAAGUCUUUCCAUACUUCUGGGUGGGUUGUCAGCAGUGUCCUUUGAUGAUUGAACCACUGGAGGUGACUGUGAAAGCUGUUUUGUAUUGUUGAAAGUACAUUUGAAUUUCACAACUUUUUAGUUUUGUUCGGCUCAAAAGGAAUAGGAAUUUUUUUUUUUUUAAUGGUAUGAAGAAAGCACUAAGAAUCUAAAAACAAAUUGCAUAAUUUCAGCACUUGCCUUACUGGUCCAAUGCAAUGUCUGACAACCUUUUCCUUGUUUUCCAGUUUAUAACAGAAUGAAUACUUUGUCUUUUCAGAAAGCGACUGCUUACUUUUUAUAAUGGUGCGGUGUGGUCUGAAACAAUGAAUUAAUACAGCUGUAAUUUGAUGGAUCAAACUUAGCCCAAUAUUGUUAAUAACUACAGAUAUAUGGCACUAAAACACUAAAUAGACUAUGCUUUAUGUGCAAAUACUAAUGAUGUAACAGAAAUUUGAGAGCGCUCCCUUUUAGAAAUAAAUUAUUUGCAAAGAU